GGAAGUCUGACAAAAAUCCAGAGCUCUGUUAGAGAGAGAAACAGAGAGACAAACACAAGGAAAGAGACAGACAGACAGAGACGGCGAAGUGAAGAGUAAUUUCAAGGACUUAAAAAUAAUGAGAUUGGAGCAAAAAAAGGGCAAGGAGAAAACACCUCUCUCUGCAACACUUCAACUGUUUGUCAACUAUUGUGCUGGCACAUCAUCCCAGAAGUUACUCUGAAGGGAAAAACAAGGAGGCAAAGCAGGGAAGUGAAACAGACCAACAGAGGAAGGAGAGAAAAGCAGUAAACCUCGGCUGAGGUGAGAAGAAAGCAGUUGUGUGGGAGAGCAGAGGCAAAAAGAGAGAGCGACGAAAGGCAGGGGAGUGGGGGAGUGAGGCACCCUGUUCCAUCCAGCGAAGUGAGAGGGGGACACGGAGAAAAGAAGAAGAAAAGAAGAUUGAUAAAGAGUCUAGGAAGGAGGGAGAAGAGUUGGCUGGACAUGGGGCUUUGUGCUGUUCUCCUCAUCUGUCUCUCCCAGGCAGAGCUGGGGAGAGUCUGGGCUCAAGAGCAUGAAGAUGCACUGAGAGGGACUCCGCUGCAUACAGAUGGGGAUCUGUCCGGGUUUCACAGAACCAGGAGGAACCAGCAGAACCCAUACAAAUACAGAGAAGCCCGCAACACUGGAGGAAGAGGACUUGAUAUCAGUACCCUGUCUGACAACAUGACCCGCAUAGUGGAGGACUCCCAGCGGUACUACACAUGGCAGAGUUUUGGUCCAACAGACAGACAGACAGAGGACUUGUGGGUAAAUCUGAACACCCUGCACGAGAGCCAAGUCCAGAUCCACGGCAUACUGUCCAAUGCACACCGACAGGCAGCGAGGGUGGCACUUUCUUUUGAUUUCCCUUUCUAUGGACACCACUUGAGACAAAUUAUCAUAGCUACUGGUGGAUUCAUCUUCAUGGGAGAGAUUACUCAUCGAAUGCUGACUGCCACACAGUACAUCGCUCCCCUCAUGGCCAACUUUGACCCGAGCUUCUCCAAAAACUCAACAGUGAGAUACUCGGACAACGGUAAUUUAUUUGUGGUGCAGUGGGACAAAGUGCAGCUUAAGGAACGUGAGGCUGAAGGACCUUUUACUUUCCAGGCAAUCCUCCACAGCAAUGGAACCAUUGUUUUCAACUACAGAGACAUCCCUAUACCGGUGGAGAAAAUGAAUUCAACCGAGCAUCCAGUGAAAGUGGGACUGUCUGAUGCUUUCAUGGCAGUCCUCCCCCCCUCACAGCUCUCAGAAGCGAACCGCCAAACUAUCUACGAGUAUCAUCGUGUUGAGAUUAACCUCACAAAGAUUGUUGGGAGAUCUGCUUUUGAGUUCACGCCUCUGCCCACUUGUCUACAACACACAUCCUGUGAUCUCUGCCUAACAUCCAACCUGACAACUGGCUGUGGCUGGUGCAACACACUUCAACGAUGUUCUGACGGUAUCGACCGGCACAGACAAGAGUGGUUAGAUUAUAACUGCCCUGAAGAGGCAAAAGGCACAUGUGAGGACUACAACCCGGUAUUACCUGAGGGAUCAAUGAGCUCCUUCAACCAGUCUUCUCCAGGUCCAACGUCUUCUUCAGCAGUGAUGGACAACCAGCCUGUCACUAAAGAUUUAGAGACGAGUCCACCGGACCAUAAGGGGAUAACCGAGAAUACGGCCAUCAUCGCAGGUGUAGUGGCGGCGCUGGUUGUGCUGGUAGUUCUGACCUUACUGGCUGUUUACUACAUCAACACACACCCCACAGUCGCUCCACCGUUCUACCUCAUGCAGCAACUACUGUCUGUUGUUCGUAGCGACGCACCAAUAACUACUGGCCGUCCAUGAAGUUCCGCAACCAGGGAUGUCACUCCAGUUACGCCGAGGUCGAGCUUGGAGGUCAUGAAAAGGAAGGUUUCAUUGAAGCUGAGCAGUGCUGCUGAAAGUCCUGGACUUGCAGGACUCAGUCAGAAGAAGAAAGGACACCAUCUUGAGGACUGCAAAGAUAUUACAAGGGGAUGAAUAUGGACGAUCAGGCCGACCAUCGACACAGGGUGUGCCAACUUUAACCUUGGCGGCUGGACAGCGUUUUCUGUAACUGCUCUUGUAGCUCUUGCCAGCUUUCUCUGUGUCUUUUUCUCUUUGCCAUCACACAGGAGAUCUGCCAUAUUACUCAAAGGUUGGAGAGUCUGAGAGGAAGCCGACUGUACAGAAAUGAUGAGAUGCAAACGUGUAACUGUACAAAAACCCAUCAAUGCAAGCGGAUGUCAGGGAAUGAAUCGAACUAGCCUUCAUACUGCAAACCAACAUACAGCUCAACAUAACAAUGUGUUUUUGUUUUUCAUUCAGUUUAUAGAGUUAUUUUUGUUUCAUGAAUAUAUCUCUGUGGAAUUCACUAUAACAGAUAUUUAGCUAUGUAACUGAUAGUGUUUAUAAUGGUCAUCUUGAACUUCUCUGGAAAUAUUAUUUGGAUGAAUUUUAGAGGCAUCAAGUUAUGAGAGUUUUCUUUUUAACCUUUCUGUUUAAAUGUCUUCUAAUAAAAGCUGGUGGUGAGUGUUGAUAUUAAUCUCAUGCUUGGUGAAGAGUUGAAAAUAAAUGGUACCAUCUUGGCCUAUAUUUAGACUAGGCAUAUCGUUUACUGAGAAAAGUGUGGAACAGAUGCUGGUCACUGUCAGGUGGGUGCCAUCAGGUAAUAAACUGUUUUAUUUACAUGCUAUGAA